AAAAAAAAAAAAAUGUGUGGAAGUCAUUUAAUGUUGUGAAUCUACCGUUAAAGUUGUUAAAAUUGCUCCCGUUAUUGCAUUAGUUCCAUUCUGUCUACUUUCGACAUGUGUUUUAAAACUGUUUCACACAAGAUUUAAAACUGUUUCAUCAUUUAAAGAUAGAUUUAAGUCAAGAUUUUGCCGAUUUAGGAGCAUUUUAGAUAAAAAGUUACUUAUGUUCGCUAGGAAGUUUCUCUACAAUAGAGCCUUCCUGAGAGGUCUACUGCUUUAAGAUGGCGGCUGUUUACUAACCCAUCUAGUUCUUUAUAUAUGUUGCUAAUGCCACCGUGUCUGUCAUUUGCAUCUAGUUCUAUAAUACGUGAUAUCUACCGUAGCAUCAUGUGGGCAUGGUUUGUAGGCUAUCGGCUACAGUCAGGUAUUAUUGGAGCCACCUAGCAUCGCGUUUCCAACGGCGUCACAACUCCCUUGCCUCCUCCCCACUCCUGCUCUGCUUUCUCGUCUCCGUUAGUCCGUCUCUCUCAGACUUUUCUCACGUCAUUCAACCAACAUAGUAACGCAUAGUAACGCACGCCUUUCCUGCCUCGGUAACGGCAUUGCCAAAAUGAGAAAAGUAAUUCAUUAGAUUACUCAUGACUGAAAAAAAUAACGCCGCUAGUAUCACCGUUUAAAUUCUAACGCCGUUAUUAACAAGACUGGUUACGACCGAUCCAACUUACUCGAUUUCCACUUUACGAUCCUUAAAUGUUGACUUUUAAUUUGUGAUGCAUGCUUUUAUAUUGGCGCAGGGAGCGUAGAAAAAGAAGCGAGCGAAUGUACAGAUGCGCCCACCGCCGCCCACCUCGCACACGCACACACAGACCAGCCGAGUGACAGAGGCGACGGCUGUAUAUAACACCUUUGUAGUGUUUAUUGUGAGCUUUCAAUGGUGUACCGCACGCAACAUGUCACUUUUGCUCAUUAAUAUUCAUGACGUUAGCAUUUGUUGCUAGGCCAGUCAAGCUCCCGUUUGUCCUUAAUGCUAAAUGCAUGGAAAUAGUGUACGAAUUAGAUGUUUACUGAGAUAAACCAACCAAUUCUGUCUGAAAAUGAUGUCCCUGGUGCCAAAUUCACUGGUAAAGAAGUGGAAGAACAUACUAAAGUUCAGUUAAAGAGAUGGCUUGAGUGUCGAGGGCUGAAAAAGAGCCGACCCGAUCCAAAGGUAGCUUUUUUAUCGACACCAUUUUCUUGUGUGUAUUGCCUUACGCCACUGAUAAUGACUUUCUCCUGUUUGAACAAUCCAUCCUUUAUCGCCAUAUGCCCUGUCUUUCUUAUAUAUUAUAUCCUUUGGUUGUCUUGUGUCUAUGAGCGUUCUUGGGGGUCUUUUACAUUGCUAUUUUUCUGUAGCGAUCGCAAAUGCUACUCAGUGACAGCCAAUGAACACUUUUAAUGUUUUCAUUCAUAACAAAUUUUAAUUCUUUAAUUUAUUCACACUUCCCCCUUACUAAAGUUGUUUUUUUACAAGAGUAAAAGGUAACAACAGUGGUAGUCGGAUAUUAUUUUAACUUUUUUCAGGUCAUUCAUUGUCAGACAGAAGCAGCACGGCAAAACGCCACGCUAAAAAAUAAGCAAAUAUAUCAAAAUGGCUUACCUCUUCGUCCUCUGUAGGACCAUGGCCCCCUACAAAAUGUUUACUGCAUAUGAAGGUGAAUGCCUUCACAUUGCUGGCGUUAAACUGGUCUUUUGGACGUCCGCGCAAGUUGUUCCAUUCUUCACAUUUUUUUUCCUUCCAGUUUUUGGGUUCUGGAUACCUAUGAAGAAAAGACCGUUCAUAUGUCGUAAUGUCUAGAGUUGUUUCUACAAGUUCCAUAGCAGAAGUGUUUACUCGACAUCUUCUUUUUUGAAAGAUUACUGGUAGAAAACAGGCAAUAUUAACAUGGAUUGUAUGCGAAGGCGUUUCUAUGAUGACCCACUUCAGAGUUAUGACGGCGACGUCGUGCGGUACGCUAUUGUGGUCGAAUACUUGGGGCGAGUUUAUGUGAUCGUUUUUGAUGAUGUGCGGAUGCUAACUGAUACAUUCUAAUCGUUUGUUAUUGCUGUAUCAGCAGCUACUUGUAAACGCAAAUUUGAAUUGCUGUUAUUGAAGAUGAGACGGAUUUCAUUUUAUUUUAGUUUAAUUCUGCAAGUGUUGAUGUCAAGAGCAGGUGAAUAAAGUCAGCAAACCACAUGGACGUCUGACAUCGUCAUUUCGGUGCUUAGCUCGCUGUGUAGCAAGCACUUAGCUCCGACGUCUUGGCAAGGACAGUACAAUGACUUAUAAUAAAUCCAGGUUACAUCGCCAGCGCAGAAAUGGAACUCGUUCAUAAUCUUUACAAUUUGUAAAUGUUUUAAAUUAAAAACCACAAAAAAUAAAUAAAUGACAAAUAUAUAUAUAUGGCAGAAAACACUGACUUCCACUCUGAGACCCCCAAUUUGGCCAAAUUUCAGAAUUGGAAAGCUUAAAAUCUCAAUUUUCUGGGGGAAGAAAAUUUUUGAACAGCAUGGCAAUUAAAAAAAAAAAAAAAAUUAAACAGCAAAACCCUAACUGGAGGUGAAAGCAUGCGAGAGCAUAAUUAAAGACGUCAUCAUUUUAACAAGCUAUUACCGCGUACUUACCUCUUUUUGAUCCAAAAACUCCAUGUAGCAUGUAUCACUGAGUGUCAAGACACAGCUGUGAAUGGUCACAGCCGGAUUUUGGGGGGAUUUUAUGGGUGUAAAAUGGUGAUAUAACAUGGGUCGCGAUGCAGAAAUAGCAGACAUCAAGGAGUGGUCGAAAUUUUCUAUUCUUUUUACCCUUUUAAACGUUUUUUCCCCCCUACUUUUCUUUGUUUGGAUCUAUUAUUGAUCAUAUAACAUAUCGAGAAAAUGCGACAGUAACAAAAAAUACAAUUAAGCGAUAGUUAUGCGGUAGUUUUUCAUUGUGACAUAAUUUGUUUAAGAUUUUAAAAUAUGCGAGUGAAUAAUUUUUACAGGUCGUUUCUUUUUUUUUUUUUUUUUAAACGAAAUAUUAGACAUCGAUUAAUAAUUGUAGGCUAAAAAUGACAGACAUUUUGAAUGAUAAAUAUAAUUACUUACCUUCCUUUUAAGGCUGGGUUGAAACAAAAGCGGUUGCGUGACGUCUGUAAAAGGGGGUUUCCGGAGUAAAACGGACAAAUUAAAAAUAGUUCGGGGGCUUAAUGCGCCAUGAAUCUGCUAUGGCAGCAUAUAGACGUAUUGUUCUAUCAAACACAAGUUCUUUUGGCUUACAAUACAGCAGUUUAUUUUAAAGAAGGGUGUAAGAGCAGAAACGGCUUUUUCAACAUUGUCUGUGUUUUCCACCAUAUAUAUUUUGUGGCUUUAUUUUUUUAACUUAAAGAACCCAUUCACUUGUUUAACUUUCAAAAAUCCUUUUUUUUAAAGGAGGGGAAAAAAGUCAAUAUUCUCUUAUUUCAAUAAUCCUUGAUCUUUCAUUGAGAACUACAUAAAUGCCAUUUAAGCAAACAACAUGAAAUCAAUGCAUAUGAUUUGAUUUUCUUGGUCCCACACAAAACAACUGCUCUGUUAUGAUGUCAGGAGUCACAGUUGCUGAGACCUCUGGUUCUUUCAUGUGUAACAGUACCGUGAAUAUUACAAUAUUGAGAGAAAACGAGACACUUGUGUGGCGCAUUUUGAAAUUAAAAAAACACCCAAAACUUCACAUUUCUACACUUUUUCCACAUGUUUUCGUGAAAAAAAUAUCUCAAAAUCACAUAUCUAUGAGCACAUCCAUCUAAUUUAAAAUAUAUAUAUAUAUUUAUGUUCAAGUACGUUCAAAUCAAGCUACUGCUACCCUGGGUGCUACCGAAAUGACAUGACACUGCUGUUUAUGUUGUAUGUGACCCUUGACCCGAGUAACGUGUGCAAAAAAACUGCGACGUGAAUUAAUUGAGCGACGGGUUGAAAACACAAUAUGGGUGACAGAAAAUGGUCAGGCUAAGCUGACAAUAACAAAUUGUUUCUUUCCUGUCAAGAAUUUUGUGUGUUUUCAACGUCUGUGUUUUUAGAAGUUUAAGUCAAUUACCUUCAAAUCUUUCAAGUGCUCCCCGAACAUCUGUUAACGUGACGUGUGCAAAAAACCGCUAAAACAAGCCGGAAACGGAUGGAGUCUGUUAACGUGACGUGUGCAAAAAACCCGCUAAAACAAGCGGGGAACUGAUGAAAUAUGGAGGAUAACACCUAACAGCAAUAUAGCAGGUGCAUUCGCGUGAGAGGCGUGCUGUGAAUGUAUUCAUCUGUACCACUCGCCCAUUUUACGGGUCGGAGUUGCCAAAAAUGACACGAAAAGGGGCCGCUCUUAGCCCGGGUGAAGGAGCCUUCCCACGGAGCUCCGCUACACACGCGCAUUCGAACGGGAAAAGACAGAAAAAUGAUUUUUAUUUACUGUACAAGGGGAAAAGAUGGAUAAAAUAUCACAAGUAGAAGUGUGAGGGCGAGUUUUUUCACGGUAUUUGUUCUCAGAUGUUGACUAACGAAGAAUCGGAAAAGCUUUAAAAAGCGCUUUUGACUUGAUGAAAAGCAGUAUGAAGAUGGUUUUAUGAUUUUAAAAAACGAUGUAAAAUGUAAGGGAGUUGCACUUAACCACCCACCCACCCACCCCCUCACGUCCCAGUGGUAGAGCGACACUCACUUACAGAAAGAGAGAGAGAGAGAGAGAGAGAGCGAGAGUAGUUGCGAGCUUGGCUGUGCUUCAGUUUUUCAUCACCCGGGCGGCAGCGCAGCAGCAAGCGAGCAGCCGGCACACAGAACCGAACCGAGCCGCACCGGACCUGGAAUCUGACGAAAAAGCAUCAAGCAGGAGCUUUUUUUUUCUUUUUCGUUUUUACUUGUUUUUGGCGUCCACUCAUCCGAGCAGAACCUCGGACGUGAUGCUGAUGAACGAGUAACCGCUCGAACCGAACCGAGCCGGUCACGACACUCGCAAAAAGUGGACUAAAUUGUGCCAGGAAUAUUCUCUUGUUUGGAUUUCAAGUCCUGUGGAUUUUUUAUUUCAUUUUACCCCCUCCCUCCCGCUUCGAGUUCCGGAGUGGACACCGACCGAGAGCGGAGCCUGUAGCCGGGCUGGAGCGCUCCAAGCUGGGCUACCGCGCGGCGCACACCCGCUCCAGUGCAAUGGCGGCAUUGAGGCGACACUUCCUGCUGUGCCUGGCGGCGGCGCUACUGCGGCGGAGCGCCGCCCUCCCCUCCGACAUCCUCUACCGGGUCCCCGAGGAGCAGCCUCCCAACACGUUGGUGGGCAGUCUGGCGGCGGACCGCGGCCUCCCGGACAGCGGGCACCUGUACAAGCUGGAGGUGGGCUCGCCCUAUCUGCGCGUGGACGGAAAGACGGGCGACAUCUACACCACCGAGAUCCCCAUCGACCGCGAGACCCUCAGGGACUGCCGCAACCUCUUUGAGGACGACAAGUGCUACCUAGAGUUCGAGGUGUCCAUCACCGACAUGGUGAAAGGCAUGGGUUCGGGGCCGCGCCUGAUCGAGGGCCGCAUCGAGGUCCUGGACAUCAACGACAAUACGCCUCAGUUCUCCUCGCCCAUCCUCACCCUUUCCAUUCCGGAGAACACCCACGUGGGCGCCCUGUUCUCCAUCCCCAUGGCCAGCGACCGCGACGCCGGCAACAACGGCGUGGCCGAGUACUCCCUGGGCACGGGACCCGAUGCCGAGCGGCUUUUCGGACUGCAGGUGGCGCUGGACACGGAUGAGAAGCUGCCCCAGUUGGUGGUGAUGGGGAACCUGGACCGCGAAAAGAAGGACUCCUACGACCUGAAUAUCAGGGUGGUGGACGGCGGACGCCCGGCCAGGGCUAGCAGCGCCCUGCUCAGGGUGGUGGUCACCGACCAGAACGACAACGCUCCAAAGUUCGAAAGGACUCACUACGAGGCAGAGUUGGCGGAGAACAGCCCGCUGGGACACUCUGUGCUUCAGGUCCGCGCCAACGACGCCGACACGGGCGCCAACGGCGAGAUCGACUACAGCCUGCACCAGAUGUCGGAAGCGGUCCAGAGACUUCUCCGCAUCGACCGCUCCACAGGAAUCAUCUACGUCAAAGGAAUGGUCGACCGCGAGGAGGAGAACUUCCUCAAAUUCUUUGUGGUGGCAAAAGACCGAGGGCCCAACUCUAAGAGCUCCAAAGUCCUGGUGACCAUCAACGUCCGGGACCAGAACGACAACGCUCCCUCCGUGGAGAUCCGCGGCAUCGGACUGGUGACGCACCAGAACGGCGUCGCCAACAUCUCUGAGGACAUGCCGGCGGGCACGGCGGUGGCGCUGGUCCAAGUGUCGGAUCGCGAUGAGGGGGAGAACGCUGUGGUCACCUGCGUGGUGGCGGGGGACGUCCCCUUCCAGCUGCAACCUUUGAGCGAGUCCAGCAACGACCGUAAAAGGAAGUACUUCCUGCAGACCACCGCUCUGCUGGAUUACGAGCGAAUCCAGGAUUACAGGAUCGACAUCGUGGCGGUAGAUUCCGGCAACCCCGCUUUGUCCAGCACCAACUCCCUGAAAGUGCAUGUCACCGACGUGAACGACAACACGCCCGGCUUCUCGCCGGCCGUGCUGGAGGUGGACUUCGCCGAGGGGAACAGACAGGGCGACACGGUAGUACAGGUGGCGGCGACCGACGCGGAUAGCGGCAGCAACGCCGAGCUGGUCUACAGCAUCGUGGAGCGCUCGGCCACGGCGCUGUUUGAAAUCGAUGCCGUCAGCGGCGAGAUACGGGUCAAGAACCCGCUGGACCGCGAAGAGACGGAGCGUUAUGAGUUCCGCGUGGCGGCGGCCGACAAAGGCGUGCCGAGCAAAACCGGCACGGCGACGGUGGCGAUCAACGUCCUGGACCGCAACGACAACGAUCCCAAGUUCAUGCUGAGCGGCUACAGUUUCUCCGUCAUCGAGAACAUGCCGCCCCUCAACCCCGUGGGGGUGGUGACCGUCACCGACGUGGACAAAGGCGACAACGCCCGCGUCAAGCUCUACGUGGAACCCGACAACGGCAAGUUCGUCAUCCAGAACGGCACGGGGAACAUCUUGUCCAGCAUCUCCUUCGACAGGGAGAAAGAGAGCACCUACACCUUCCGACUAAAGGCGGUGGACGCGGGCGACCCCCCUCGCUCUUCCUACGUGGGUGUGACCAUCAACGUCCUGGACGAGAACGAUAACGCCCCUUACGUGACCAAACCGGCCAACUCGUCCUACAAGUACCUGAGCCCCGGGGCGCCCCUGGAGACCCGCGUGGAGGUAGUGGAAGCCGAGGACAUGGAUUCCGGUCCCAACGCCGAGCUGGACUACGCCAUUGUCGGAGGGAACCCCCACGGACUGUUCCGCAUUUCGCCCACCACAGGGGAGAUCGCCCUGGCGCGGGAAUUUACGGUGAAGCACAACGGGCUGCACCGACUGGUGGUGCGGGUUCAGGACAAAGGCAAGCCGCCCCGCCAGACCACCGCUCUGGUGCACGUCUUCGUCAACGACACCAAAGCCAACGUGUCGCUGAUCGAGGCUCUGGUAUGGCACAGUCUGUACACCCCGCUGGACCGGGACAUCGCGGGGGACCCCGACUACGCCCUGGCGCAACGGAGCAACAUCCUGUACGGGAGCCUGGCCGGGAUCGCCGUCGUCAUUCUGGUCAUCGUGGUCGUGGUGUUGGCCCGCCACCGGCUCCAGAAGGAUGCCAAGAGCGGCUAUCAGGCGGGCAAGAAAGAGAGCAAAGAUCUGUACGCCCCCAAGCAGGGACCUAAAAACUCCAAGGGGAAAAAGAGCAAGAAGGGCAAAGCUCCCAAAGCCGCCAAACCCCUGGAAGAGGACGAGGAGGCCAGUCUCCAGAAGGGCCUCAAGUUCAACCUGAUCGACGAGGCGGUGGGCGACAGCCCGAGGAUACACCUGCCCCUCAACUACCCGCCCGGCAGCCCCGACUUAGGGCGCCACUACCGCUCCAACUCGCCGCUUCCGUCCAUCCAGCUGCAGCCGCAGUCGCCCUCGGCCUCCAAGAAGCACCAGGCGGUGCAGGACCUCCCCGCCGCCAACACCUUUGUAGGCACGGGCGACAACAACUCCACGGGCUCCGACCAAUAUUCGGAUUACAGCUACAAGGCCAACCCGCCCAAAUACAGCAGCAAACAGCUGCCGCACCGCCGAGUGACCUUCUCCACGGCCAACCAGGCGCAGGACCUGCAGGACGCGUCGCAGCACAGCUACUACGACAGCGGGCUGGACGAAUCGGAGACGCCCAGCUCCAAGUCGUCGUCCGGGCCCCGGAUCGGCCCGCUGGCGCUGCCCGAGGACCACUACGAGCGCACCACACCCGACGGCAGCAUAGGCGAAAUGGAGCACCCCGAGAACGAUUUGCGGCCCCUCCCGGACGUGGCCAUGACGGGUAACUGCACGCGCGAGUGCACCGAGUUCGGCCACUCGGACUCGUGCUGGAUGCCCGGCCAGCCGUCGCCCAAUCGCAAGGUGCCCAAGGGCGCCGCCCCCAAGCUGUCUACCUUCGUGCCUUACCAGGAGAGCGCCGAAGCCGCCCGGGACGUGCCGGCGCCGCCCGUGGCCAACGGCAGCCCCAAGCCCAUCCCCAGCGAGGAGCGCGGACCGGGUGGCGGCAGGGUGGCCAACAUGCGCUUCAUGACACCCUACAGCAGUGCCUACCCCCUGGGGGCCGUCGGCCAGACCCCCGCCAAAGACUGCGGCCUGGAGGAGAUCCCACUUAGCCAGGCGGUGGAGUUCCACUCGGCCGCCGCCCCCGCAGGGCACCACGCCUCCAAGAGGGAGAUCUACCUGUGAGCGAGGGCACAACCACCCCUGGUUCCAACUCCGCCCACUGUCGCCCCCCCCCUCCCCGUUGACGCUGCACACCCCCUGAAACACCUCAAUUGGCACCCAAGUACUUACUGGACACUUUACUGUGCCACCCAAACAUCUUGCCGUCACCCUAACCGCCUCACCAAUCACACUUCUUGAAAAAACAAUCUUGCCCAAACACCUGCCCGUCCAAUCAAACACCACAGCGUCACCCUAAACACCUAACUACCCCCUAAACGCAUCAUUCUUCUUCCCACUACCUCACUUCCCACUACAAACACACUGCCCCCCAAACACCUCCAUACGGCCAACCUUUAACACUUCACUGGGCCUCCAAACAUAUCGUUCCCCGAUUGAAAAUCCCAACAUCCUAACGUUAACGAUCGACCUGGAGACCUCACUGAUUGGUCCCACCCUCCCUGCGCUAUUCAUUGCCAUACCCUAAACACCUCACUGCCCUACUAAACAGUAAACUCUAACCCUAACCACUUCACACCUCUUUCUAAACACUUCACCACCACCCCUGAGAAACACCAUACUCAACCACACUUUUGCUCACUAAACACCUCACUACUACUAAACACAUCCCUGGCUUCCCUAAAAACUUUACCAUCACAUCAAAUACCUGGACACUGCCCUAAAAACCUUGGUUUCCUACUAAACAACUCAAUGUAUCUCCCUAAACACCUCACUGGCCUUCUAAACAGGUAAAUUAUAGAGCCCUAAACACUUGAAUGCCCUUUUAAACAACUAAAUCCCAGUUUUAAACGCUUCACCACCCCAGGAAACACAUUCCCUAACCCCCCCCCCCCCACACACACACACACUCUGCCCCCAAACACCUAGCUUUCCUACUAAAAAACUCAAUGUCUUUCCCUAAACACCUCACUAGCCUUCCAAAUUAGACAAAUUCUAGAGCCCUAAACACUUAACUGCCCUUUUAAACAACUAAAUUCCAGUUUCAAACACUUCACCACCUCAGGAAACACCUUCCUCAACCGCCUCCUCUGCCCCUAAACACCUCACUACUCUACUAAACACAUCCCUUGCAUCCCUAAAUACUUAACCAUCACAUCAAAAAACUUGGACACUGCCCUAAACACCUUGCUUUCCUACUAAACAACUCAAUGUCUCUCCCUAAACUCUUCACAGACCUUUUUAAACAACUAAAUUCCAGUUCUAAGCACUUCACCACCCCAGGAAACACCGUCCUCUGGCCCCUAAACACCUUACUACCCUACUUCACACAUCCUUGGCUUCCCCGUACACCCCACUGCCCUAUCCAAAACCUAUCUGAACACUGCCCUAAACACCUCACUGCCCUGCUAAACAACUCAAUCCCUUACUCAACCCAUCUUACUCCUACUAAACACCUCACCUGUGCCUGGUUGUGUAGCACCACAGCCUCCCUUCCCUCCCCACCUUAUGCCCACUUCUUUAGACCCCGCCCACCUGGCUUCGCGCCAGCCAAUCAGCUGUAAAUGAGGAAAUGGAAGGAAUGUAAAACACGCGUUGCUUCGUCUCAUCUUCCCCCCCCCACCAGGUGGACUUUGUUGUAAAUCCUUACGUAGUAUUCCGUGUGAAACUAACUAGCCUGACUUUGGGCCUCUUACUUUGGGAUUUUUUGCCUGAAAGUUUACAGAACAAAAAAGUCCAACACCCUGGCUUUCUUUUUGCUUUUGGUCUCGUUUCCACUCGGCGGGUGUACACAUGUAAAUAUGGCGAAGCUCACGUGACGUCAAGCCGCCGGACUGACGAGUUUUGCAUGUACAGACGUUGCCAGGAAGUUUGAGUUUGGUCUUUUUUUUUCCCUCUUCUCGAACAUCACUUUGUGCUCGUUCCAGGUAAAACUGUUCGGAAUUGAUCCACAAGCCCAAAAUGGAAGUCAAGUGUUACAUGAUCGUCAUGAGAGCUGAAGGUUACAAUUUGAAUUAUUGAAGCAGGUGCUUCACGUUUAUCAUUAUCGUCCCAAUUGCAUUUUUUCCCCCCCAAAGGAAGCCUUUUAGUGCAUUGUAUUGUAUUUCAUUUGAUUGAGGCAGAAAGUUGCUUUACAGCAGUGGGGGAAAAAAUUCAAGUUACGUACACUGCUAGCCAAAAGUAUUGGCACAUGCAAUUCUGUCCGAUAAUGCUCACUUUCUCCCGGGAAAUGUUGGCAAUUACAAAUGCUCUGCUAGUACCGUAUUGCCCCGAAUAUAAGACUGUGUUUUUUGCAUUGAAAUGAGACUGAAAAAGUGGGAUUCGUGUUAUAUUUGGGUCCUAGACAUUAUACCCAUUCACGACGCUAGAUGGCGCCAGAUAUCAUUGAAGCGAUGUUCUGUCAUGACAGAUCUCAGCUACUCUCAAGUUUAACCAGUUUGCAUUACUUUAUUGCAAUGUUUUUCCUUAUUCAGAUUUGUUUCAAGGUUACAGUUAGACUUCACUUUGAUGAUUAAUGCAGUUAUUGCAAUUUUGUUGUUUUAUCACAUUAGAUUGGUUUAGUUACAUUUCAAAAACCACAAGCCAUUCAUUUACGAAUGUGACUGCACUUUAGUUUACAUAUUUAAAUGUUCAGAUAUUAAGAUUUGAAUGAGGCAAAAUAACAUGAAUAUCAAAUAUAUUUUUGGAAUCAUUUGUUUCGGAUGUACUGUAAUUAUUUUCUGUAUAAAUCCAUCUGGAGGUCAUGAUUUUACGACACUGUGCGGGUAUGUGAUGGUCCUCAUGGGAAACACUACCGCUUUCGUCCACCGGCAUCACUAAAAUCAAUCAAAGUCGAAAAGUUAUCAAGUGUUGCUUUAACACGUUAAAAGGUGAUAACAGACUUUUUUUGGGUUGUUGCUGCAAUACUUAGUGUCAUAUGAUUUUCUUAUUUUUAUUCUAACUUGCCAGAGUCCGCCAUUCACAAAAAAAUAGUUUGCCUACUACCUAAUUGGCCCGAAUAGAAGAUGGCCCUGAUUAUAAGAUGACCCCCUCUUUUUCAAGACUCAAGUUUGAAAAAAGACUUUUUGAACACCAAAUUCAUUUGUAUACAGGAAAUAACUACAUUACAUCCGAAACAAAUGAUUAUAACAAUAUGUUUGAGAGAAAAAGCAUGUUAUUUUGCCUCAUUCAAAUCUUAAUAUCUGAACAUUUAAAUAU